UCUCACUUCCUUCUGCGAGUUACUCUCUCUGGGCAACCUCGCUGGCCUCGUCGUCUAACACGGAGAGAGAGAGACGCGGGGUGGUGAAGCAUCCAUCGGGCUGUCAGAAUGAGACGGGGCAGGUAGCAGUCACUACCCACUGUGCAUUGACACACACGCAGAGCCGACAACCCCACACACACUCACACACGCACACACACACGCACACGCAGAGGCGAUAACCCCACACACACUCACACACACGCACACACUCACACGCACACGCAGAGGCGACAACCCCACACACACUCACACACACGCACACACACACGCAGAGGCGACAACCACACACACACAGUGCCACUGAACGCGUGCAUCGAAUCAUCAUCGUUCACCCCAUGGAGCCGUGACUUGGGCUAACAACGAAUUCCUGUCCUCCACUCGUAAAGGAAUGGCCCCGACUUCUCCACUUGAAACAACAACAACAACAAUAUUAAUACUAUUAUUAUUCAUUGGAACGGUGGUCACUGACAGCGUGGGGGUUGGGAAUGGCUCGGAGUCCGGAGCGCAGCGCCAAGGAACAGCACCACAAUUUAUGGUCAUCACCCCAGAGAAAAUGAACGCCGUUGCAGACAGCACGAUUUUCCUGCCCUGCUCCUACACCUGUACAAUCAGCGGCGUUACUCACACGCUGGUGGAGUGGUUGAGGAUCAUUAAUGGGCGUGAAGAAAGGAUUUAUCUAUUCCCCAAUGGAAAUAGCAGCUUCCAGCCUUUACAGGCGUCCUGGGUGGGUGAUGUGUCCAAGUGUGACGCCUCCAUCACCGUCAAAGACAUCAAGAUCCACGACUCUGGGCAAUAUCGCUGUGAGGUCACGGUGUAUCCACAAUACAUGGAAGGCAUUGGGUAUCUACAGCUGAAUGUCAACAGUCCAUCAGAACUCGUGGUUGUGACCCCAGAUAAAAUUAACGCCAUGGCAGGCGCUACAUUUCUGCUGCCCUGCUCCUACGCCUGUACAGUCAGCGGCGUUACCCACACGCUGGUGGAGUGGUUCAGGACCAUCGACGGGCUUGAAGAGAGGCUUUAUAAAUACCCCUAUGGAGAGAGCGGCCACUGGCCUUUACAGGCCACCUGGGUGGGUGAUGUGGCCAAGUGCGACGCCUCCAUCACCGUCAGUGACAUCCUGACCAACGACUCUGGGCGAUAUCGCUGUGAGGUCUCGGUGUAUCCACAAAAUAUCCAAGACAUUGGGUAUCUACAGCUGAACAUCCACCCACAAACAGACCUGGCCGUUGUCACCCCGGAUGCAAAGGAUGCCACAGUAGGCAGCACGGCUCUCCUGUCCUGCUCUUACACCUGCAAGAUCACAGAUAUUAGACACACGCUGGUGGAGUGGUUCAGGACCAUAGACGGACACGAUGAGAAGGUGUACAAGGCGUACUACAGAAAGAGAAGCCUCAGGCCAUUGCAGGUGACUUGGGUGGGUGAUGAGUCCACGUGUAAUGCCUCCAUCACCAUCAGCAACAUCCAGACCCACGACGCUGGGCGAUAUCGCUGUGAGGUCACGGUUUAUCGAUACGACAAGCCAAGCAUGCAAGACAUCGGGUAUCUGCAGCUGGAUGUUCACAAUGAACCAGAACCGACAAAGACAACACCCACACCAAGCCCAACCCCAACCUCAGCUCCACCUCCACCUCCGAUACCUGUAGUUUGGAUCGCCCUUGGAGUCAUUGCUGCUCUGGUUGCUGUUGCUGGAGUUGGUUUUUACUUCAGGGGGAGGAAGAUGAGACCACGUCAGCCAAGAGAGCCAGAAGCCCCGCCUCAAGAAAUGCAGCCAAUGAAUCCAGUUGGAUAAGAUGAGAACCGACAGACGCAACACCCACACCAAGCCCAGCUUCACCUCCAGCUCCAUCAACUGCAGCUGGCAUCGUCCUUGGAGUCAUUGCUGCUCUGGGUGCUGUUGCUGGCGUUGUUUCUUACUGCAGGAAGAAUAUUUACAAGUUGAUUCCUCGUCCCGUGAUUUGACGCCGAUUGGUGAAUUAUAUACUUAAAACAAAAGAAAAUUGGGUAUUUUUACAUUAGAGUACAGCAAACUCUUGCCUCUCGCGGGUUUAGCUAUUGCGGUUUUGCAGUCUCGUGCCAAGUCUAUGGAGGUACAGAGUUCGCUGAUCGUGCCCCUAUGGCUGGACCAUUCGCGGUUGAUCACGAGAUUUCUGUACGCGUCGUAACUGCACCGCUCUCGAUGCUGCUGCUGCUGCCGCGGAAGAACAUGUGGUGCCAUCUUGUCUCCAUCUAAUCUCCAUCUUUUAUCUGUCUUGUCUCCAUCUUAUCUCCAUCCGGUCUCCAUCUUAUCUCCAUCUUGUCUCUAGUCUCCCGUCUCUUAUCUCAAGCGGCCCAUUGCGGGUCCCGGGUCACGUGGUGUUUCCAGCCUCGAGUGAGCAGCAGUGAGUUUCAGCCGCCCGCCAUUUUUCUUUCUAUCGUGCGUUAGGAACUGUGAACCAAACCCCAUUUUUCCCAUUUGUCUUUGAGUUUGGGGAAGGCGGAUUUUCCGAUUGCGGCUUUUUACCAAGAACGUAACCCCGGCGAUGGGCAAGGGUUUGCUGGAUACUAAAUGCUAAAUCGAUGCACCUCUAUUCUAUAUUUGAAAGGCAUAAUGCACUUUAUAUAUAUACAGUAUUGUAUGCGCAAAUUAAGCCUAUAUUGAAUUUGAUUCGAAUAUGAUAUAUACUACUCGCCGAAUGAUUGAUCUCUUCUAUUAAUAUGGCAAUGCGAGGCCAUGAACGAGUAUAUCUUUAAAAAUUGUAAUGAUUGAGUGUUACUCUGGAAAAAUCGUGAUAACCCACAUGCCUCCGUACAUGUUUUUCAGCAAAACCCAACAACGUAGAUUCCAAAGCCAACACAACGAUGCUGAGUUUUUUUGGGUUAAUGGCAAGAAUGUUGACAUAGAACCCAGAAACAAACACGGGUCAUUGUGAUGGCGACAAUGACAACUGACCUCUAUUGGCAGGAACUGCAGGCAUACCACUUAGAACAACUCUGUUUACAAAAAACGCAUCUUGAGCACUAUACGAGGUUUGCCUGUAUACAGCAGUCCCUCGGUUAACAGUGACAUUGGUUAACGGUUUUUCGAUUAACAUUUUGCCACCCAUAGGACCUCAUAGUUUAGACUAAUGUUAACGUUGUGAUUAACGGUACGUUUACGUUACGCACGCAGGCGCCGAUUUCAGCCAACCCGAGCACUCUUAAGUGGGCUGAGCCACGCCCUCAGCCAAUCAACGACGUGCAGCGAUGAGCGUUGAGACCUCCACUGGCUUCGUUUACAUUAUAACGUUUUCUGUUUUGGCAGUGGAAACAGCUCUGUUGCAGACUCAGUGAUUUUUACUUAUUUUUUAACUCAAAAGUGAAUUCGAUUAGCAGUUAUUUUAGUAAACAGUAGUUUUUGUGGAACGGGACGAAACGUUAAUGGAAGGACUACUUUUAUAUCUUUUUUUAAAUCAAGCCAAGUUCAUUGCCUGAUGAAGGUCCCAUUAGUUUGAGCAACAACGUCGUCUCUUCAGCCACUGAAAAGCCGGAAUCCACCACGGUGGUUAUGAGAUGUUAACUACCUCGCCUACUAUCCCAACCCUGAGGUCUGAUGUUCAUUUGGAGUUUGCGUGUCUCUCGCUGCGAUCGUGUGGAUUUUUCUCCUGGUCCAUUUUACUUCCACAUUUAGAAUCAACACACGGACAGAGUAUUUGGCAGCUUUACCUUUCCACUCAAUAAGCCACUUUGUUAAGUUACCAUUUGGAGCCUGGUCACAUGAAACAAGCUACAUACACUAACUCAGUAGGCCUUAUCUGGACAUUCCACGUUAUAACGGUUCUGCGAAAAGCGCUCCGGAAUGGAAGAACUUCAUUAUAUCAUGUGAACACCGGCGCGUUCAGCGAUGACUCAACGAAACAACACUGACCGCAAUAUCUAUUUGAAUGGUAACGGUCUCGUCGGAUUGCUGGAGGGUAAACGACUCGAAUGUUGAUGCGAUGCAACCACCACGAGGCCCAAACCUAAAAACAAAUGUGGUAUAAAACAUACCCCGUGCGAGCGUCCCCGGAACACUGGAACAUUGGAGUUAGUGGUUUGCGUUGUGUCCGCUGCGACGGUCGCACAGUGAACUGGAAUCUGCACUCCAUUCGCUUGGUCUGCCUGUUCGUGUGGACAAUGAUAUUUUGGCGGUUAUCAGGUUAAAAUAAGAGGUGUAAUCAUUUUUUAUAAUUGCAGGAGAGAGACCACGCAGAAUUAGUGGUCUCUCUUGCAAGGUGUAUGGGGUUAUACAACGAUUGGAUUUUCGUGCAAUAGUAUUCAGUGCUUAGCCCUGCAGGCAGUUUUAAGUGAACCUGUAUAAGUGCAAUGUCUUCCUAACGUCACUGCUGGUGGCAGGGCCUCCACGAGAGGGAUCUCGAGACAGCCCCUCUUAGAGUGCAUCAGAACCUCUAUCUACAUCUUACAGGAGCGCCACAGUGGUGAGAUGUUAACUACCUCGCCCGGUAUAAAGGAGGUCGUGGGUUCGAUUCCAAUCCUGACGCCUGCUGUAUAUUUGGAGUUUGUGUGUGUCUCUCUCGCCGUGGUUUUUUCCUUCACUUAGAAAUGUGUGUUUAGAGUGUUUGGCUGCAAUGAAUUUCCACGCGAUGAUCAGCCACUUGGUUGAGUUAUCAUUUGUGGUCAGGUCGCUUCUGAACAAGGUCUAUACAGCUCAUUGAGAGAUCUGCACACGAAUCCUCAAUCCCGUUCCUCUCUUAAAGCCUCAGCUCUUCUCCAUUGCCCAUUCUCUUCCCUCACCCCUACGGUCAGUCCCGUCCCUCCCCUAUAGCCCUUUCGUGACCCCCCCCCCCCCACGUGCCCUCUGGUACGAACACUCAAAUCUCGGACCUUGCACUGCCCUUGCCAUCUAAACCACCCUAAUUGUGUUACUGCUUUAAAACGACGUAAAGCACCUUGAGUUGAGGCGCUCCAUUAAUACAGGGAGGAGCAAUGUUCCACACUGCCCACCAGGGAUUAUUUAGCUGUCUGUCUGUCGUACAUAAGUAAAUAUAUAAUACACACAGCUCUUUGAUUGGUGGAGACCUUACAAACAGCUCUUUGAUUGGUGGAGACCUACUGCCG